CACACACACACACGCACACCGGGGCGGCGGCGGCAGGUCCCCCGGGAGUCUCUCUCUCUCUCUCUCUCUCUCCUGACGCGGACGCGAGGCGCUUUUAACUGCCCGAGACCUUCAUCAUCAUCAUCAUCAUCAUCUUCCUCCUCCUCCUCCUCACGCUUCCUCACCUGAGGAGAGAGAUGGACCUCCUGACUCCUCACUCCAGGGUUCGUCCUGAUCUUUGUCUGAAAUCUCUCCUUAGAUCAGAUUAUUCCAGAAGGUUUUUUCCCCUAACAAGACUGUGAAGGAUGCGGUGUGUGUGUGUGUGUGUGUGUGUGUCUAUAAAUAGCAUGUUCACUCCUAAUUUAGUCCUCCUGAGCUGCUUUGUCCUCCUCUUUGCCUCCUUGUCUGGGUUCUGAUCAGCAGACGUCCGGUCCUCGUCUCCCCGUGUCCUCGUCUCCUCGGUGUAGAACGCUCUCAGGUGUUAAUGAGAUGUUCGUUAAGCUCUUUAUGGGUUCAUUAAGUGCAGUAAGUGAUCAUUAGACUGUGUAGGAGCGCUGCUCUGUCUCUGUGGAGUUUAAAUCUGAAGCUCUGGGUGAUCCCCGUGUUUUUUUCCUCACUUUUAUCUGCUUCAUGACCACCGUCCUGCCCCGCCUCUUCCCCCGUUCCCCCUGUCUCUCCCGUCAGUGAUUCAUCCUCAUGCCGCAGCAAUGAGUAACGCGCGCCCCAACACCUCCACCUUAAUCCCGGACGUGCCGGAGGUGAGGAACGUGAGCGUGGAGCUGCUGGCCCUCAACCCCUGGGACGUGGUGCUGUGUGUGACGGGGACGCUGGUGUGCUGCGAGAACGCGCUAGUGCUGGCUUUGAUCGCGCACACUCCCUCUCUGCGAGUGCCGACGUUUGCGCUCGUAGCCAGCUUGGCGACCGCUGAUCUUCUGGCCGGUCUGAGCUUGAUCCUGAACUUCAUCGUCAUCUACAUGAUGGACACGGACUUCGUGACGUUGCUGUCCGCCGGCCUGCUCAUCACCGCCUUCUCGGCCUCGGUGCUGAAUGUGCUGGCCAUCACGGUGGACCGCUACCUGUCUCUGUACAGCGCUCUCACGUACCACACGGAGCGCGCCGUCACCUUCACCUACGUGGUGAUGAUGCUCGUGUGGUCCACCAGCGCCGCUCUCGGUGCUCUGCCCGUCCUGGGCUGGAACUGUCUGCGCGAUGAAGCGACCUGCAGCAUCUGUAGGCCGGUGCACAAGAGCAACGCGGCCGCACUCGCCGUCUCCUUCCUCCUCGUCUUCGCCCUCAUUCUCCAGCUGUACCUUCAGAUCUGCAAGAUUGCGGUGCACCACGCGCAGCAGAUCGCCGUGCAGCGCCACUUCAGGGCCGCCUCUCACGCAGUUUCCGCGGCCAAAGGCGUCUCCACGCUGUCCGGCAUUUUGGGCACGUUUGCCCUCUGCUGGGUUCCGCUCGCCAUGUACUCCCUGGUGGCAGAUAUCUAUUAUCCAGCGACUUACACCUACGCCACCGCUCUUCCAGCCAUCUGCAGCUCCAUCAUAAACCCCAUCAUCUACGCCUUCAGAAACCCGGACAUCCAGCGGUCACUGAGGCUCACGUGUUGUGGAUGUAUGAACUACGGCGUUACCAUGCGACCACGGACACCGAGUGACGUGUAACUUUUUUCUAAAUGCAAAAACUACAGCAGUUUUCGAUCCACGUCUACAGCUCUAGCUACCGCAGCAUGUGUGAUUACCAGGAAGGUGAAAAAGAUUUAAAACUGAAGCAAGCACUGGAGCAGUUACUGGUGCAGUCAAUAAAUAUUCAUGUGUUUUAGGAAAAUGUCUUUAUCUGACGCUCUAAUCUGAUCUCAUAGAAAAAAUUAGCUAAUUCUUUCAGAAGGAAAAUUAAUGUAAUUAAAAUUAUUACGUCACGUGUAAAAAACUGCUUCUUACUGCAUCCUGUAUUCACAAACGUGACUGUAAUAGAAGAAGUUCAGGAGAUCCCCACAGACACUAUAGUGCAGUACAGCUGAUUCCAGCGUGCAGGUUCCUUCUCGCUCCUCAGCUCAGGUGACGGUGAUGUCGGUGAUCACGCGGCUGCGCGGCUACAGUUGACAGACAGGAGAAUAAAAACUGCUGCGGUGAGACUUUAACAUGCACAGAGACUCCACAUAUUGUAAUGUUCAUGCGUAUGGAAGUGUGUGUUGUCUGUGUAAUCUGAGUGUAAUGAUGUUCGUAUACACAGGUGUGUUUUUAAUGUUUUUGGUCAAAAUCCUUUCAUAGCUUUGGUUUAAUUAAGAAAAAAGUCGUGUCGACUUAUUAAUCAACACUUAAUAUAAGAGCAGAACACAAAUGUAGCAUGAAUCCUUAGCGGCCCGUUGAGUUUCAGCACUGUGAAAUAAACACUUACGGGCAGAACUGAUGGAGACGGAGCUCAUGAGCGCUCGCUGCAGUGUUUCAUCACAAAAUGUUUAGAAACUGGCUUAUUAACUUGAAACUCAGGUUGAAAGGCGUCGCGAGUGUGAAACGCUGCUCCCGCGCGAGUGUUUCAGGUGAUUACAGUCUGGUCGUUCUCCCUUUCGGACCUCAGCACGGAGCAUCACCUGGGGUGAGAGGAGAAAUUCCCAAACUAAGCUCCGCCCCUGAGGCAUAAGCAAUAGGCGUGUGUAAAACAGAAUAUGAUUUACAGUUACAACAUUUAUGAUAAAUUAUUUUAUUGUAAAGCGCUAACAGCAUUCAAACAGACGGGAACGUGAUGGAGGAGAGUCGGAGCGAGUCAGGGCGGGU